UGCUGCUGAAUAUGAAAUUUGGUUUUAUUUUGAUUUUAUGAGUACAUUCUUAUCAAGCUUUUGAUUAUUUCAUUGGAUAUCGUAUUAUCGUUUACGUUUAUAAAUUUCGACGUAUUUUUCACUUGUGGACGACUCUUACGAUUUCAGGCCUCGCGAAUGUCGAAUUAUUUUGAUAUUAGCGUAAGAAAAUUGAGUUUUGCACAGCAGUGCUGUUAAUCCGUCGACCAACUUGUAAAAGGAAGCUGAAGAAGACUCAGAAGCCAAACGACGUGUCGGCGAACUGUUGCCCAGCCGCGAAGUUGUGAAGUAGCCCUAAGCCAAAAGGUAGAGUGAGAGAGAGAGAGAGAGAGAGAGAACACUCUAGCAGUGCCGCGCGCGCAUCCCUCCCGGCGCGUGCGGUACGCUAGCCAACCGCGUUGCCACUGUGGAGACGGAGCAGCGAAAAACUGAUACCCCCGGCACCUGCAGUUGUAGCCUCGGCGCCGGCUCGCACGCUUCUCUCGCUCUCUUGCUCUUGACCUUUUCCCCGUUGACGACUUUGCCGUUUGUAAUUCGUUCUCUCGUCGCGUUGAGUCAUCUCGCGCGUCGUUACGUGGCCGUGAGCUUAUCGCGCGAACCAGUCGGCGAUGCCGUUUUUAUACGGAGUAUAACUCGCGGCAAUGUGACUUUGAUUUUUACGUGCUGAUUUUGCCGGGCCACGGGUUAUAGCCCGGGUAUAGUCAGUAUGACGGUCAGUUUGUCUGGCUUUUCGGCGUCCGUUUCUCGUCGCUCGAACGAAUAAAAGAAUUUUUACCAAUGCAACGCGACGUGAAAUUGCAAUCCUUUAGGAAUGAAGAAAGAGAAUCUUUGUUUGCGUGAAACUUUUAAAAGCUUUGCAAACGCGACGACCUUUUCUUUUCAUUUUGAUAAUGUAGAUUUUUCUGCUGCACGUUCGCCCCCCCCCCCCCGCACAGCAGCGCCGGGCAAGGAAAAUUGAAACAAACGAAUGCAGGCUGCGAAUAAAAUAAACGAACAAAGAAAGGUUUUGUUGACGGUGAGCGGAGCUAUCGCUGUGUGGCAAGGGCGAAAUAUUUACGCUAUCGAGAUAAAAAGAAUCUCAGCAUCGACUGGAACAGCAGAACUUGGGAAUUAGGAAAAACAUGAUGCAAGUAACCGGUGGUGCUAGUGCAAGUAGUAGUAGUAGUCCGAUAAAACCAAUGAACAAUAAGUACGACAGACUCAGACGUAAAGGUUUGGCAUUUUUCGCAAGUGUGUUCAGUUUGAGAAAGAGCACGAAUUGUCUGCUCGCAGGCAUGAGGAUCGACGAGGGCACGAGCAGCACAAGUACCACCACUACGCAACGCUCCACGAGGCUAAUUGAUAAUCAAGAGGCGACUGGCGCGUCGAGGAUCCCGUCGACCCUGAGCGUGGACGCGAUGGCAUGCAGGCAAGCCGCCACGUCGCCCUCCCACUCGAUCCUGACAUUGACCCCCGGCAGGACCCGGAACAUCGACCAGGACAUGGAGGCUAUUCGGCUCAGCCGACAGGACAAUCCCUAUCUGCAGAUACUAGCGAGUAAAGAAAGCCUUAUAGAGUCACAUGAAGAAUCUGAAUCGGAUGACGUUAUCCUCAUGUCACAAGAAUUCGGCGACACGGAUCCACUGACGUUGGCGCAAGUGCACGAGCAUCUGGUACGAAGUCCGCCGCCGGUGUCUUGGAACCACACGCCUGUAUUUCAUUUUCCACACCAGCAGCAGCAGCUCAAGAGUCCUGGCAGCAAGUCCGAGCAGAGCGCCAGUCACUACAACAGAGCUGCUUCGCCGAAAUCGAUGCCGUUUCGUGGCUGCGACGAGCACAAGGCCGAUGAGAUUCGAGAUCGUCACUCGCAUACGUUCUCGCUACUAAACCCAACACCGAUCCGUUCGUUGUCGGAGGUGCGUCGACUGCAUCGCUCGGCCGAGGACAGCGUACAAUUGAUGUCGUCCGAGUGAGCUGACACCCUGAAAAGUACCCCCGGUAUUUCUCUCGUAGCCUCUUACUGGAGAGGACACUACAUCGUACUCUUCCAAGAAAGAGGGGCUAUUGUUCAGCCUUGUUGCGGGUGAUCGCGGCGCGACUGGAAGGCUUUCAACAACGAUGUACGCAGCGCUUUACUUUUUCCGUUCCAGUGCCCUAGGCACUCGAAAGAUUCGCCUUCGCUGCUACGAUGAUAUUGUUUUUGCGUUGGACGCGCUUUUACGCCAAGGGAAGCUCGUUUUAUCUCUUUCUUCUUUGAGAACCGUCAAGCUACUAUGGCAAUCUAGAUUUCCGAAAAUGACUUGCGAGAAAGAUAAAUUUGCGUCUUUUUCUUUAACGUUCGGCAAUUUCUUUUUAUUUGUCCAGCCAUCGAUUUUUCUCGCUCGAUACAACUAAUUCCAAAGCAAUUCAUAAUUGCGAUUGGUGACGCUCACGAAAAAAUCAUACAUCAAUUGUAAAAGAGAAAGAGAGAGAGAGAGAGAGAGGGAGAGAGAGAGAGAAGCGCAAUAAUUGCUCGAGUAAAUCUAGAUUUUUGGCAGGAUUGCGAUACAGAUGGCGACGGAAGAGUAAUAAACAAGUCGCCAUGCGGAUGAAAGAAAACCAAAACAAAGUAGAACAGUUGCCUUUUGCCACACAUGCAUACGGUAUUGCAUAAAGCUCUUUGUCUCUCAAGUCUUAUCGUACAAUUCUAGUCGGGCCUACGUAUCAUCGCUAAAUUCAUUAUGUACACUAGGCUAUUGCGAACGAGUACAUUGGUCGAGUGCACUUGUGGCAACUUACGUUGCUGCAAAAAAUGCAACUGCAAAGUUAUCGAAUAUAUCUGUUCAUUCCGAUGGUCUUUGAAUCUUGAGAACCAUCAGAUUAUCGUAAGAAUGAUGAUUUUAAUUCAUCAACGUACAUACAACUCACAUGGCUUUUUGCGACGUCGGUUGAUAUAACACUGACAAGAUCUGCGAUGUAAAAAUAAAGAACAACUCUUGAAUUUUUCAAUACAGUAUUGCCAGUAAAUUAUAAUAUAGUGAAUAAGGAAUGAUUUCCAAUACUUCUGCAAUUCAAUCUUCUCUUACAUAGACUUGUGUAACAGCAAAUACUCUACAGCAUCACCGAUAUUUUUGUAAAUUCAUCAUUAGUUCCAAUGACUUCGCUUCAUCCUGAAAACUAUUUUUCUAGGAAAACAAAAACUAAAGAAAACUAAGCGAUCGAUUUUUACAACGAUCUUUUCCAAUUUGAAAGAAAGAUAAGUCUUUUUUGAGUACAUGAGAAUUCUGAAGAAGUAAGUUUCUUUGGGGUUCCAGUCCUCUUUCACUCAAUGGUAACGCGUUCGAUUGUCAUGUUCUUCAAAUUUAUAAAAUCGUGCAUUUCAAGUUUCAACCAAAUUAGCUGCAAUAACUUCUGCAUAUUCUGCACAAAAACUUUUCAAUAGUUUGAAAACAAAGAAUAUCAACGUAACGUUCACAGAAAAACGUUACAUGACUAUCCGGGAAUAAGUGGAAAAAGCAAGGCUUUCUUUAAAAAGCAUUGAAAUGUUAAAAUGACAAAUUAUAUCACUGAGAUAAAAUUGUUAUUAUUGGAUCUAAUGUUUAUUGAGAGAGCAAUUAACGUUGCCGCUGAGAAUUGAUAUUGAACGUAUCCGUAUAAAUUUGAAGAAAUGAGAUAUGUAGAUAGUUAUAGCUCUAUUAUAUUCUGUGUGUAAAUAUAUACAUAAACUACAGAGAUAGCGAGAAAAAAAAUCUUUUCUAUAGUAAUUAGUCUAAAAAAAACUACGAAAGUUACAUAAGAUAAAAGGACUCGAGACGAAAAAUUUUACGAUCUAGUCAUCAAACUAUAAUACUAAGAAAAUGUUACUACGAGUUUUGCCGAAAUGAAAAUGGUUAUAUUACAAAAAAUUUUUCCAUUAUUUUUAACGAGAAUAAGUGCUUGAUAUAUUUUUUUGGGAGUUGCUUGAAAGGGAACUACAUGAAUGAUAUUUACUCGAAAGCCUAUACUUGGAUCCAUAAUAUCAAUUUAUUGUAAAUUCCCUUAACUGUUCGGAGAUUGAUUUAUUGAAUAUUUUUAUUUUUAGAAAGCUGAAACAUCAACUGCUAUGAGAAAUAUAUAAAUAACAUCAGAGAAAAUCGAGGAAAAUAUAUUUGCAAUGUACCUAAGUAAGAGGAUAUAUCCAGAAAUAAAUAUUAUAUGUUCAAAAAUGUUUGUUAAAAGCUUUAAUAGCUCGGGAAAAUAACGAGUUUUGUAUGUCUUGAGAAAUUUUCUAAAAUAGUUGCAUAGCUUUAAAUGUUACAAGAAAAAUGUAUUGUUAUUGAUUGGCUUACGAAUAAGUCAGAUUUUCGAUAUUUCUAAUCAAAAAUGAGUAUUGAAUCAAUAAACAUAUAAGUAAAUUAGUGCCUAUAUUUGGUGAUUGAAUGUCAUAAAUGUAGUUACAUUAGCUUGUUAUCAAUGAUUGGAAGAGAAACAGUUGUAUAUCAAAUCAAAGUUACUGGAUUUAUCCUCUUCUGUAUCAAAAAUAAUUAUAAAGGCCUAUACGUAUAAUAGUUCAUUAGAUUUGUAUUGAGCCAAGAAAGAAAACCAGUUGCAUAAAAUGUUUUCAAACGAUAAAUCUCAAACUUACAUGUGAUUUUUUAAUGAAAUCACGUUAAUAAAAUUUUACAGAAGUCUUGCGUUUGUGUCAUUAAAACACAAAUAUCAAUCCUCGUAUUUCCUUACAAUGUGCAAAAGAAAACAGAUAAUAGCUCUGAUUCAUUAAGCAAUAAUGAUAAAACAAUGCAAAUAUUUGAACAAGGUUUUGUGCAACUUAGAUGCGACAGUGUUUUGCCUCUUUGUAAAUGGUUCGCUGUAUCUUAAUGAAAUAUUUUGUUACUUAAUAUGAGCUGCACAUCUUACGUUCAAUGGAAUUUAAAUUGAGCUCAUUUGUUAGCAUUGUGAAAGUUGAUUUUUAUUUGAAAAAUUAUAAAUAUAUUUGUGUUACUGCAAAUCAAUCAGUGAAAAA